AUGAAGUAUUUGAGCUUGUCCGAAGUACAGCUUGAUGCAAUCUAUUUAGUAGUUGUCCAUGGAUGGGACGUUAAAGGCAUUAAGGAAAUGCGUAUCUAUGAUUGUUUCCAGCAUUUACCAUAUGCAUUCGAACAAGUUGCAACAGUGUUCUGGCAUCGGUAUCCCAAUACAACCGCAAAGCACGUUAUAAGCGAAGAUUUCAUUGAAGUUGAGGUAGAUGGUAAUCAGAUCAGGACGAAAAAAUUGAUAUUGAAACAAACAGGAACAUUCUUGAAAGCAGUUCCGAGAUGGAUGUCGCGUUUGACGAAUGUCAGGGUAGUGCCAACAGUUGAGGAAAGCAUAUUCGAUCGAAGUAAAAGGUCUUUAGUGACUUAUACGAGAAAUAUUACAAUGUUAUCCAUCUGUAAAAUUCAUGAACGUUGUGUUUACAAGCCGGGUUUAAAAAACGGAGGGCCGGAAACGAUUGUGGAACGUGGUGGUUUCGUGUCGACUUCAUUCGGGAAGUUGAAUUCGAUAGUUGAGCGUGUUUUAAUGGCAAAUUUCAAAAAGAAUAUGAGGAAAACAGCAGUUGUUUAUAUGGAAAAAUUGAUGAAAAGGUUUGGUGAACCAGCACUGGCCAGUUACAAAACCAGUGAACCGCAUCUUGUGAGGCAAAAGAUUAACCGCUGUAACUUUUCCACACAGGACUGA